UACCGUGUUACAUCUUCCUUUGAGGUUGUUCCGUAUUACUUCACUGCUGAACACUACUAAACCCCCUACCACAGAAGUAGAAGGUACUUACUUCCUAGGAACUCAAACAAUACUCCGUAGUCUAAACCAUCCCCCCCCCCUUAUACAGUACAACACUAACACCAACAUUUCAUUUCACACUCCUACUCUCACACUCUUGCUCUUACUCCUACCAUUUCCACUUCCACUUCCACUUCCACUAUACUCUCUACUCUCUCCUCUUCCUCUCCCUCGUCUCUCUAAAACUUCUUCCCCUCACUUUCAUCUCCACCGACUCCACAUCUGCCUCUUCUGUAUCUAUUAGAGUGGCACAUUUAAUACCUCCCCUGCGUUUCGACCAGCCCCACUCCUCAUUCCUACUGGAAUCGGGAGUCUAACGCCUUCCUUUACACCUCUUGACACCGGAGUUCAGCAUCUUGCCAAUCCUCGGUGACACAGCUUCGCUGCCUUCAAGUUUGUUAUAUCCGCCCCCAAACUCGAGUAUUGAGAGCCACGACUACCGCGGCCCAAUAUCUCACCGACACCGGUUCUCCAGGCCGGAAGUGCUUCAAGACGACUAGAACCACGUCGCCGCUACGCUCAGAACCCUACGCUCAUCAUGAGUACUGCCAUCGCAAUGGCUCCGUCGCCCGCUCCCCAUGACCGAAACGCAUACGUGGAUAUUGCGCCGUCAAACUCUUCGCCGCGCCAGACUCGCAUCGCGGCACCUAGCGCAUCGAACCACCAUGAGCCGAGAUCAGAGAGCACGAGUCCCAGAGGCUCGUCGGGCUCAAAAAGCUCGCCAACGAGUCUCCGAAAUGCCCCUCCCCCAAAGAUCAUACCCCCAAAGAUCAUCGUCAAGAAAGAGCCCGCGUCGCCCGGCCUCCCCACCUCCCGCCACAGGCCGCGCAAGCUCGACCUCUCCAAGAACAACUCCAGCGCCGCAAACUCGAACCAAAAAGGCACCGCGCCGCUCACAUCGCGAGAAACAGGCGGCCUCGCAAUCCAAGACGUCGGCCUCGCCUGCCUUUCCCCCGGCUUCGUGACGCAUGACCCAACAAUGCGCGAGCAGCUCCAGCGCAGCAUCUCCGUACGCGAACAACAGCGCCACAUCAUCGAGUCGCGGCUCCAACAAACCGGGCGCCCCGGCGACGCGCCCCUCGACAGCGCAAAAGAGAUGCCCGGCCCCAGCGCCUUUGGGUCUAUGAAAACCCCUGGCACAUCGCGCCGCAAGGCGCCCCCCGGACUCAGCAUCGUGGCACCCUCGCACGAGCAGUUCGCCAACGAGCGCGUCAUCCAGUCCGCGCCGCUGAACCAGACGUUCACGGGGCGCCAUCAACCGCAUCCGCUGACGCGACACGUCCAGAAUCAGCCCUCGAACCUCUCGAAUACGUCGCAUAUCCACCAUGUACCCGCUACGCAGACGGCGAACCGCCUCCCUCCCAUCUCUGACGUCUUUGCAGCCGAAAACCUCGGGCAGCACCGCGACGCAGCGAAUAACGGACCAAAAACUUCGAUAUAUCCCCCUUCCUCUAACGCCGCGUCCCAUCACAACCGCCACACCGGCUUCCCCUCCCCCACCCACGCCGCGCAACAACAACCCCCGCAUUCCGCGCGCCCGCGCGAGUACCGCUCUGCUGAAGAAGCGCAAGUCGAGCUCGCGGGGGGAAGGCCGGAGUUGAUUCCUAAAAUCGUGCAUUAUGGCGGUCAUCAGCCUCCUACGCCGCCGAGUCCGCAGACGGGGAAUGCGAUGCGCAACGGUGGGGCGGGACGGAGGCGGGGGAGGGAGGAGUAUGAGGAGGGACGGAGUCCGCCGUUGGGGCAGGGACCAGCUGCUGCGAGGAGGACGGCUGCGGGAGUGAGUGGUGCGUUUGGGGAGGGGAGGGAUAGUGAGGAGGCUGUGAGGGCGAAGAAGGAGGAGUUUUUGAGGUUGUGUGAUCGGGCUUGGGAUUUGUUCCAUUUGUAGGAUCUUUGUUUGAGGAGAUGGAGAGGGGUAUGACGUACACGACGGGCUUGAUGAGGCCGAUUCACGAACUGGGAUUUGGGAUACUACUACUAGUACUACUACUACUUGUUGCUGGUGGGAUGGGGGGAUGGGGGGGUUAUAAUUUUGUUUCACACCGGACAGGACCGGGUCGGGCUCCCUGGAUUGAAAUGAUUCGGAUACCACAUUUUGCUUUUCUACAUUCUCCGCUACACCUAUUUUUCGUGCUGUUUUUUGUUGUUGCUGGUUGUCUGCUGUUUCUCUUCUUAAUUCUUUCUUCUUUCUUCCUUCUUCAGCCCUACCGCAUGAGCGAGAGCGGGUGCGCGUGAGCGGGAGAGGGGGCGAUGCGAAGGGUGUGUAUGCUAUAUUACUAGGGACCCUUGUUUUUUUUAAUAUCCACGCUACGGCUGUAAAAGUGAGGUGUUUAACGGUUGGGGGAGGGAGUUUUAUUUGGCUGGCUUGCUUUGGUGGUUGGGCGGGCGGUGGGGCGACGUCGCUGCUGGCGGGGACGGGGUUAAGGGGUGGAAGUUUUGGG